AUACACUAUUUUUUCUCUCCUUUAUUACGAAACCAUACUAUAAUAUUCUUCUUUGGUUCUGCUGUUGAAGUCUAACACAUGGUAAUAGGACUCAUCUACAAAUGUAUGGAUAUCCUCAGAAGGUGGACAACGAUUUAGAAUAUGCAUAAAUGCUAUCAAAAGGAGAUGCAUCAAAAUGAAGCACCUCCUUCAUACGAAGAGGCAACGUCCAGCAAUCCAUUUAUGGUUCCGCAAAUCCAGGGCUACACCCCCGUUUCUUGUGGUUUUAGUGGAUCCACCACAGAAUCAACAGGAGAACCGCCACCUUACUCACUGAACUCUGACGAUAUUCACAUAGAUGUAGCAUUCCCUAGUCGACAGUGUCCACCAUAUCCUACUGAAUAUCCCUCCUAUUUUCCAGCCAAUCACUAUCCGCCUCCUCCGGGUUAUCCUGUCGUCAGUCCUACAGGAACUUAUCUGGGCCAGACAAAUGACAGAGAUUGCAGACAAGACAGGUACAUAGCUUCAUUUUAUCCAGAGGAUACAGCUAUAGAAGAGCAAAUGAAAAGAAGAAAAAUAUUCUGUAUGCUACUGAUUGUUUUUGUUGUACUGCUGGUAAUAUUUGCCAUAACUAAAGGGAUUCUGGAGUGAAGAUAUUGGAGAAA